AGUGUCCAGAAACGUGUGGAAGUUUCGUCGUCGUCGUCUUCCUCUCCGAUUAGUUUAUCCGAUCGCACGAAGCUCAUUCUCCGCCGUCGCUGUCGCUGUCGCUGUCGCCAUCGCCAUCGCCAUCGCCAUCGCCGGAUUUGGAACAUCCACUUGCAGCUCGAGGUGCCUAAGAAUAGAAGAAUUGGCGGAAGUUGCUGUUUGGUUUGAUUUUCUCUCGCCUCAAACAGGUUCGGCGAUAGUGAAAUUGAGAUUCGUAGGAUUUCUUCGGUUUAUCAUGCUUACUACUACGAUUGACAGGGCGAUCAUUUUCGUGGUGCUGCCUUUGAAUCUUUCAUGAAGUUCCUGAAAUCCGAACACAAGGUCGAUCUGUGAGCUCCAAAGUGAAAGGCGACAAUGAUGCAAACUAGUUGUAUUCAUCAAUCGUUUUGUUUCUCCCAUCGAAGUUUUCUAAGAUGUAAUGCAUCCAUCCGGAUUGAACCCCUGAAUCCUUCUCAACUUGGGGCCUGUGGAAGAAGUCUGACAUCCACAUUUUCAAAAUCCGUUCGGAGAAAGAGAUUAAAUGCGAGCUUGAAUGCCAAUGAUGGCUACCCAUCCAUGUCUACUUUGGAAAAAACCUCCAGUGGAAACCACGCACCUACACCAGAACCAGAGCUGCCGUUCAGCAAAUGGUCUCCGUCUAAAUACAUAUGGAGGGGUUUAUCAGUUCCAAUCAUAGCAGGGCAGGUUAUUGUCCGGAUUCUAAGGGGUAAAAUUCACUGGAGAAACACUCUUCAACAAUUGGAGAGAAUUGGACCGAAAUCUGUGGGGGUUUGUCUCUUGACUUCUGCAUUUGUUGGAAUGGCAUUCACGAUCCAAUUCGUCAGAGAAUUCACCAGACUGGGACUGAACAGAUCCGUUGGAGGAGUCCUAGCCCUGGCAUUCUCAAGAGAGCUGAGUCCAGUCAUCACAUCAAUCGUUGUUGCGGGCCGAAUGGGAAGUGCAUUUGCUGCAGAACUAGGAACCAUGCAGGUGUCUGAACAAACCGAUACACUGAGAGUUCUUGGAGCAGACCCAGUAGAUUAUCUAAUCACACCGAGGGUCAUCGCUUCAUGUCUAGCUCUGCCAUUUCUCACCCUCAUGUGUUUCACUGUCGGGAUGGCAUCGAGCGCCCUUUUAGCAGAUGGAGUGUACGGUGUCAGCAUUAACAUAAUCAUGGACUCGGCUCAUCGAGCGCUCAGAACAUGGGAUAUAAUCAGUGCCAUGAUCAAAUCACAGGUUUUCGGGGCGAUAAUAUCGGUGAUUAGCUGCUCUUGGGGGGUCACAACCACUGGAGGUGCCAAAGGGGUAGGAGAAUCUACAACUUCAGCGGUUGUGAUAUCUCUUGUUGGUAUCUUCGUUGCAGAUUUCGUGCUCUCUUAUUUGUUUUUCCAGGGAGCUGGAGAUUCCUUGAAGAACUGUGUCUGAUUCGGACAGAAUUGGUUCAUUGAUACUAAAUCUGAGGUAUUUUAGAUCGGUUACUCGAAAUCUGUCUCCCCUUCUCCAAGAACUUUAACCCCCCCAAAAAAAAAAUAUACAGCAGAAAAAGCAAGAAGAUCGUAGCUGUUGGCUUGUGUUUUAAUGUUUAUUAGGAUUUUAUGUUCCAGUGAUUGUAUUUGUAUGUCGUUUUCGUGGAAUAUAAUCCUUUUCUUUGAUCGAA